AUGGCUCUUCUAGGGGUGUUUCGACGACGACACCACCCAGCCCCAGCCAGCGAGUCCUCAGAACGAACAAGCGAAGAGCAUGUGGAUACCUCUUCUACCCCAAAAGUGACUGGCGACAAUCUGCCCAUUUCGGAGAAGGUGCAGGUGUCUGAGACGUUGGCGAUUGAAGAAGAAAGUCACGACGAUCCUGAAAUCGCUGCGCUUCCUCUGCAGGUGCGACAGUUGAUCAACUUGACUGAUGACCCCACUCUACCUACUAUCACUUUUCGCUACUUUGUUCUCGCGGUUAUCUUCGUUAUUCCUGGGGCCUUCCUAUCCCAGUUGAGUUACUUCCGCACGACCAGUGCGAAUUACUCGGUCUUCUUCGUCCAAAUCGCCUGUCACUAUGCCGGCCAUUUCCUUGCGCGAGUACUACCGGCUUGGACAAUUCGGGAGCAUGUGUUGGUCACGGUGACAGCAGCUUCUGGUGCAACCUACAAUAUGGGCUAUGCUUCGAUCGUCCUAGCCGAGCUAUGGUACGGCAACAGAAUCCAACCCGCAGUUGCAAUCUUCUUCAUGCUCGCGAUCGUGUGGAUCGGAUAUGCUUUCGCGGCUCUUGCGCGCCAGAUUCUUCUCCCAGACCCAGAGUACAUCUGGCCGCAAGCCUUGAUGCAGACGACCCUGUUCGAAACAUUUCGACGAACAGACACAACGUCGCGUCUUGCUCGGCGCCAGAUGAAGUUCUUUUUCUUCUCUCUUCUGGGAAUGACUCUCUGGCAAUUUUUGCCCGAAUAUGUCUUUCCAUUCACGUCUUCGUUGGCCUUCCUUUGCUGGGUUGCGCCUCGGAAUCCCAUUGCUAAUUUCAUCGGGUCUGGUUUGGGCGGUAUGGGCUUCCUCAACCUAUCCCUGGAUUGGUCAAACAUCAACUGGAACGGGUCCUCCAUUUUGCUUACUCCCUGGUGGACACAAGUCAUCCUGUUCCUUGCAUUUGCCUUCAAUUGUUGGGUCCUGUUACCCGCGGCGAAAUGGGGAAAUCUCGGAUCCUUCAAGCAUGGUCUCAUGUCGAACAAUCUGUUCAUGGCAAAUGGAACCCAAUACCCCACAGCAAAGGUGCUCACACCAAGCUUCAACCUCAACGAGACCGCCUAUCAGGAGUACGGUCCAAUGUACAUGGGCACUCAGAACGUGUGGUCGACAUUUUUCGAUUAUGCAAAGCUCCCAGCGGCGAUUACUUGGAUCCUCACCUUCGGUUACACCCAAGUAAGCAGCAAUCUCAAAAAGAUUUUUGCAAACCACAAAAAUGCCCAAAAUGCCCAGGAUGGCCAAAACGCUCAAUCCACACAAGGAGAAGGAAUUCACUACAAAUACCAUGAUCGGCUCAAUGUCAUCCAGCGAAACUACAAGGAAAUCCCAACCUGGUGGUAUAUUACACUCUUUUUGGUGGGAUUCGUCAUUCUGAUCACCAGUAUCGCGUGUGGAUAUCUUUUCAUCCCCAUCUGGACGAUGUUUGUGGCACUGGCCAGUGCUGCGAUUUUCGUGGUCCCUUUUGCCUGGCUAUAUGCCAUUUCGAACUAUCAGCUUGAGACCGGUUCCUUCAAUGAGUUGAUGUACGGCUACAUGGUGCACACUAAAGCUGGCUCCGGCCACCAGCACCCAGUUGGUCCCUCGAUCUACGGUUCUAUCGCUGGAGAUGCAUGGUACCGGGCACAGUACAUGCUUCAGGAUCAGAAAAUCGGCCAUUAUAUGCACAUCCCGCCGCGCGAGGUGUUCUUCUCGCAAAUCUUCGGCACGUUGAUGGGCGUUCCCAUCAACUAUGCAGUUAUUCGUUGGGUCAUGGACACCAAGGGCGAUUUCCUGACAGGCAAAAAGAGUGACCCUCUCAACCAGUGGACUGGUCAGAAACUUGUCAGCCAGAAUACGAUGGGGAUCCAGUACGCCGUUCUCGGACCCAAACGACUUUUCGCCGAGGCCGAGAUGGCGCCACUUCCAUGGUCCUUCCUCGUGGGAGCUGUCAUUCCCCCGAUUCUUUUCGUGUUUCAUCGCUUCUUCCCGCGCCUUCGAAUUGAUUUGUGGAACGUUAGUAUCUUCUUUGGAGGUCUAGCGAUGUUCUACGGUAAUGUCAGUACCGGAUAUACGUCGGCCAUCAUUGGUGCGUAUAUCUCGAUGUACUGGGCUUAUCGACGCCACUUCGAAGUGUGGAAGCGUUACAACUAUCUGGUUGCAGCUGCGUUUGAUGCAGGGUUCAACUUGAACAUGUUGCUUAUUUUCCUGUUCUUCGGGUCUGGCAAGCAGAUCUCAAUGCCACAGUGGUGGGGCAACAAUGGGACUUCUGUCGAGCGAUGUUUUGCUCUGGGUAGUUAG